AUGGCUACUUUGGAUCUCAAGAUCGAGUUUGGUGGAGGUCUCGAGCUUCUGUUCUCAAAUCAGCGGUCCCAUCGUAUCUCGAUCCCAGCCAAAGUUCCGACGUCCAGCAAUCCUCGAGAUACAGGGAAAGGCCUGGAGGAGAAACCUGCCGACAUUACAUAUCUCAUGUACUGGCUGCGGGACAACCUAUUGAAGGAGCGGGAGGAGCUGUUCAUCGAGAACGGGACUGUGCGACCAGGAAUUCUUGUCCUCGUCAAUGAUACCGAUUGGGAGCUCGAGGGCGAGGGUGACUACCAGCUCAAGGAUGGAGAUGAGAUAGUGUUUAUUUCAACCCUUCAUGGAGGCUGA